GUUUUCAUUUUCGUUGUAGUUUUCAUUUGGCUGCAUUUGUGUGCAUUUGUCUGGUUGUGCUUCGUGUUUCAAGUGUACAACGGAAGAUAUUGAUAAAAAUUUGUACAAUUGGUGUACUAAUUGAGAAAAUGUGUAUAUGAAAUUGAAAAUUGCAAUUGUGCGUCAUAUAAAUCAAAAGUGAAGUGAUAAAGUGUAGCUUGGGAAAUGUGUGGGACCUUUUAUACUGCAUUUGAGAUAGCAGCGACAGUAAUAACAGCAGCAGGCUGCAAUAAAAGCAGAGAUUUAUGUUCGCAACAGUGAAUGUCGCUGUCUAUAAUUAUUAAAGGCAUUGUUUUUGGAGGGGAGGUGGGGUAUACGUCGCCGGAACUUGCAGCGCUAGCACUUCCUUAAAUGCAAUAACAACAAAGGAAGCAGCUAAAAUGGAAUGCUCCCAAAUUGAUUUAUAUGAGUUUCUAACAGAAGCAGAAUUACAACAUUAUUAUAAUGCAAUUAAAAAUGAACUGAAAAUUACAAAUGCUGCCCACGUCAAAUAUGCAACUGACGAAGACCUCAAGCACAUAGGACUGUCGCGGCCAGAAAUACGUCGACUGCGCAAAUACUACGAAAAGCACUUUCCACAUGGCUAUCUGAGUAAAAUAAAGCGCUUACUACAGGCGCCGGCCACAAUCGUUAAGCGUGACGGCGGCGAUGGCAGUACAACACUUUCAAAUGCAUCAUUGCAUAGUGCGGCGGAGUCGCCUUCAACAGCGCGCAACGCCAACUCACCCAGCAGGGCACCAAAUAACAAGCAUAUUAUACCAGCCGAUUCUAUAACGGUGAAUAAACAACUGGGUACUGGCGAAUUUGGCAUAGUACAACAAGGCGUGUGGACCAAUGGCACAGAAAGGAUACAAGUUGCUAUUAAAUGCUUAUGCCGUGAGCGUAUGCAAUCGAAUCCUAUGGAGUUUCUGAAGGAGGCCGCCAUAAUGCACUCUAUUGAGCAUGAAAAUAUUGUACGUUUAUAUGGUGUUGUUUUGGCUACGGACUCAUUAAUGCUGGUUACUGAGUUGGCGCAUUUGCGUUCUCUAUUGGAAUGUCUAAAAGAUCCCGGUUUACGCGUAAGCUUUCUUACAAUUCCAACGCUUUGCGAAUUUGCCAUGCAAAUCUGUAACGGUAUGCGUUACUUGGAAACUAAGCGUCUUAUCCACAGAGACCUUGCUGCGCGAAACAUAUUGGUUUUCAGCAAAGAUAAGGUUAAAAUUUCCGAUUUCGGACUGUCGCGUGCUUUAGGUGUAGGCAAAGACUAUUACAAGACAAAUUUUAAUGUCAACCUAAAGCUGCCUAUUGCCUGGUGUGCACCGGAAUGCAUCAACUAUUUGCGCUUCACUAACGCCUCAGAUGUUUGGGCUUACGGUGUUUGCCUGUGGGAAAUGUUUUCCUAUGGAUUUCAACCUUGGGCUGCUCUCACCGGGUUGCAGAUACUUGAAGCUAUAGAUGCACCAAACUAUCAACGCCUCGAGCAACCCGAUUGCUGUCCGCAGGAAUAUUACACGCUCAUGAUGAAAUGUUGGCAAGAUGAUCCCGUAAAACGUCCAAAGUUUACGGAAAUCUAUGAGCUAUUGCCCGAUAUGAAGCCUGAGCAAUUGAAAGCGGUUGUGCAUUGUUUGGAGCCCAAGAAGGAUCAUUUAUUGUAUCGACAAGGCGAUAUCAUAACAGUACUUGAUCGCAAUACGGGCACACCGUUUUGGAAGGGCGUACUUACAUCGGGAAAGACGGGAUUCUUCAACCCCUCAAAUACCGUGGCAUAUCUGGAGGGUUUACCCACGGCUAACCGGGACUCAUUUUGUCGCACCAGUGAACGCAUUAGCAAACGAAAAUUACGCACAGAAAUGAUAUCAAAGCCGCAGAAUGAUUUCAAACACACUGGUCAUGUAGGCAUCGAUGGGGAUUCUUUUGGCGAUAUAGCUUUUCUUGGAAAUUCGCAAAAUUACAAUCAUGUGCCACGGCAAAUCGUUACACCUUAUAAGCCAUCGGAAGAUAUCGAGCAAACACCACUUCUACUGCCACCGACACCAACCAGUCCCGAUUCCUUACAAACUGCUAGUGGUUAUUUCCCCGAAGAGGGUCAUGGCACGUCAAUGAACCCCACAUUUAUAUCCUCAACGGAAAACACACCCAAGCAUUUCAACACUGGCAAUGGUGGACAGUCCUCGUUCGAGUUUCCCGGUCAACAGUCACAUAGCAAGUCCUUCACCAAUCCAUUUACCCACAAGGCAGACGAUGAAGUUAUGCGUAGUGGUGGUACACUCGCUAUGCAAAAUAACAACUACGGUCUGGAUAGUCAAAGCUUCCAAGCUAACGUAGUUGCGGGCAGUUUACAGCAAUGGCGUGACGCAGGCAAGAAUGGCGGCAGCAAUGAGGAUCCACACGAAUACCAUGAAAUUUCUGAUGACGAAAUGACUGCUGACAAAUUAGACUUUGGACCGUCGCUCUUGGACGAAAUUAACUCUAUGUUUGGUUCAAUGAGCGCCAGCACAAGUGCAGCCGCCUCGAAAUCAUCCGAUUUCGAGCAUACAAACAAAAAAAAUGAAUUCGCCGAAAUCACUUCGAAAUUGGUGGGCAAAAGUGGUGAUAGUAACAGCGGCAGCAAGUUCGGCACAUCCUCGAAGAAGAAAUCAUCAGGCACUGUUAAACCCAUAUCGGUGAAGGACGAGCGCAUUUUGAAUCAAGCGAUCGAAAUCGCCAAUGAAAUUAGCGCGAGGUCAAUGAACGACUUAGUAUGCGACCAAUCGUCCAAUACACAUAGUCCAAAACGGAAAUUUAGUUUCCGAUUUCCGCACUUAACGAGUAGCGGCAGCAAUGCCAGUGACAAGGCGUCUGGAGGUAACUCCUCGCCAACAGCUGGCAGCGCGAACGCAAAUGCAGCAGGGCAAAAGUCGCUAUCGCCAUAUUCGAAAAAGAAGAAUUUCACUGAAGAACUGGAGAGCAUACCCGAUUUACAGCGAUUUCGCUCCUUAAGCGAAAUCAAGAAUGUUAACGGUCCCGAUCUACGUAUACCGAUUUUCGAUAAAGAAAGUUCCGAUUUUUGUUUUGAAAAAUCGCGUGAAAUAUUAAGUCGUCCACUAAGUUUAGAUCCACCGCCAUCCCUAACCCAAAGCACAAUAUCGCCCACUUCCACGCUCGAUUCGCAAUCCCAUCGUGCUCUGCGAAAUCAAAAAAGUAUCAGCGAGAAUAUUAUGGAUAUCGAGAAUACAUUGAAGGCGCUAAAUUUGGAUUUCAUGCACACCUACACGGAAUUGGACAAAACCGACUCGGAUGAGACCUUGCUGAACGAACAGUUUUCCAAUAUCGUAUCGUCGAUCGAGGAUGAAAUCAGUAGCGCCACUGGUAGCCUCAAAUCCGCUAUCUACAAUUACAGCAAUGGCGUACAGACAAUGUUCGACUUCAAUGCCGCGACCAGUCAUUUGGACAAGCACUUGCAAUAUAUUAAUACACAGAGCCACGCGCAGGCGCAGUCGGCACUAGGUGAUCUAAUGCAGGAUCAGAAAAUGGCUGAAGACAAACGAUCCAGCACACCCGACACGGGGUUCGCUUCGCGUGACACGAACAUCUCGCUUUCACGACGAAGCAGCCAAAAAUCAAAUUAUAGCCCACAAGAAAACUACUACAGUCCCAAAGAAACAGCGCCGUUAGGCCCUAGCGGCAGUAGCAGCAGCUAUAUGACACACAGAGAUGAUAGCCUACAGCUCGCAACCGAGCGCUUCAGCGCCACAAAAUACGGCAACUGCGCUUCACCAAAUAAAACGUCGGCUCUGAAUGUGAGCAAUACUUCGGUGUACUCUAGCAACCAGCUUAAGAGCAGCGCUUGCGCUUUGGGCGUUCUCGAUGCCGAUCAAUAUAAAGAGAGUGGUCAUCGUCAGCGCUCCAUGUCUUUCACCGACAAUCCAAUGAACCCCAUCUCUCCGGUGCUGUCCGAACCACAACAGCGUUUGAAACGCCGCUCUACGCAUUCGGCUAUGGAGACUCACGCUACACACACACCGCAUGUGCGCAGCGCUUCAUCUUACAAACCGCGCUCGAUACGCGCACGCACAUUGCGUCGUCUCAGCUACAAUCCCAUCAUAUUGGACUCUAGCUCAUCAAGCGAUGGUGACCCGGUAAGCGAUUGUAAUCCCAGUAUUGCGCGUUCGGAAUGCGACAUACGAGCGCGUGUCUCCUCACUCUACCGUCGCCGCCGACCAGCAAGCGGUGGCAGUGUUACUGGUAAUGGUGUAGCGCACAAAUUGUUAACUCCCAACUGGCAAGACGAUGACGCGGCGGAGUUGGCCACGACAUCGCAGAAAAAGUUGUACGGUUCGAAUGUGAGCAUAAAGUCGGCGCCGCAUUACAAUUACGGUGGACGCAGCAUGUCGCAUCAUUACAGUCGUCAGUUGGACGAACAAUUUGCCUACGAAGACCGUAUAUAUGAUUUUGGUGGUGGGCGCGGACCGGGUAAUAAUUAUAGCGGCAGUGUAGCGCCCGCUAUAAGUGGUCCAACAAGAGGCAUGGACAUGAAUGGAAGCAGUGGCCUCGUUGGCAAUACCAUAGUUGGUAUGGGUUUGGGUGGUGGCGUUGGCGGUGGCUCCGGUUCGGGUUCAUCUUCGGCUACAUCAUCGGCGCCACCAUACAAUAGUGGCGCGCCUAUCAUCGGCAUAGGAAACGCUGGGGAACGUAGCUUCGGCGCGCUCAGCGGCAUCAGUGCGCGUAACGCAGUCUUCCAUGAAUUCGAUGUCAGUCGUUUGACCGGCAAAAGUCCCACUUCCAAUUUCGCCAACUCCUCCCCGGAGGAGCGCAACCGCGUACAUCCCUCGCCGCCCAAGUCCCUGCCGUUGCCGCUAUUGAAUGCGGCAGCGCCCACCGCAGCGGCUGGCACCGCAACAGCACUGCAAAAAAGUUUGGGCAGCGCCAAGCAGCAAAUGGAAUUUCACUGGCCGGAGAAGAUACAUGCGUCAACAGUGAAGCAGAAUGAGCUGCUCUGGCGACAACAGCAGCAGCAGCAACAACAACGGCAAAGCAAAACGUCUACCAAACAUCAAUCACACAGCGCGUUUUUGGGCAGUAUGCUCGUCAGCAGCGCGACUGCCGGCGUUGGCCUCGCACUGAGCGGCGGUGGCGUCAUGCCAGGCGAGGCAUCCUACACGAGCGACAGUUCUUCCAGCGGUAGCGAAGAGUUCGCUUUUCGCACCGAGUUCAUACCUCAUGUACCACCAAGUCCAGCUCCAUAACUAAGAAAAAUGCUGAGAUAUUUUUUCAAUUUACUUUUUGGUAAUGUGUUGGACGAGCAGCAAUAAGGCAAAGAAAUGCUGAGAAUUGAAAGUACAGUAAUGAAAAGAAUUGAAUUAGUUAUAAGCAAUAUAAUACAUAGUCAAAGCAGUAUUUUAUUGUUGUACAAAAAAAGUAUAUGUAUAUUGUAACGCAACAAAAACGCUACCAUAGAAAUUCUACUUGUUGCAACAGCAGAAAACUUUGAAAGCCCUUAACAAGAUAUAAAUAUAUAUUACAUAGAAGCGACUGUUGUUCAACCUGUCACCUGUGACCGGUCGCAAUCGUUGCUUUCAGAACUAUAAGCACUCGUUGGGCAUGCAUGUUAGUAGGGCCCCGAGAUUAUACAAUACAAAUCUUAUAUGACGUUGUAGUGAUAUUUGUAUAUUUUCAUUUAUGUAGAAGGCAAAAGCUUGUAACUGCAGCGGCAGCGGAUCCAGAUUAUUGGUCCGUCACCGCACAGUUUGGUGGUUUGAUUUUGGUAAUUGAUGCCGUAAGGUUUAUUGACAAAAUAUCAACAGCAGCGCAGAUAAUUCUUAACAUAGGGAGUGCCUUAUCGAAAUUAAUUAUUUUCUGCAUCAAUCGCACACACACACACACACUCACAUACACACAUGCACACGCAUGCACUCAGUCAUUUUUGCGCAGUAUUUGUUUUUACUGACAUCUCGUAAAUUUUUCCACAACUUCCGCAGCUCAAAUUCUGAUCAAAUACAUACAUACAUACGUAUGUGCAACGUGCAACAAUAAGUCAUGAAAUUGCGAAUUUAUGUCACCAUCACCCAUUAACGUACUCGUGCAUACAUACAUAAAUGUGAAAUGUUCCCUAAUGCAAAAACAACUACAAUGCAGACUUUGCAGACUUUUUAUGCGCAACAAUCAAUAGCUUAAUGGAAUUUUUAUAAAUCAUAUUUUUUACAAUUUAUAAAUUUGUUUACCGAAAACAAAAGCGAUAGCAAUAGCGAAGCUUCAUGAAAAUAAUAAUCGUAUAAAUGCGAAUAAGAACAACAUAGCAUUGCAAGCAUAAACACGAUGAGAAUUGAAAGAAAAAUAACAUUUAUAAGGAAGAAAAAUGAGGUUCCUCCAAAAAAUUAAAAUAAAAAUAAAAUAAAGAGUUUAUAGUUGUUGGCUACAAGCUCCAUAUUGAUGGUUAACUUUUCAAUCAUAAAAAUAUUAAUAUUUCGUCAUUUCGAAGCAUAGUAAUUUAAUAGGUUCAAACAACUCUGCACUCUUUUAUGGCAUAUUCGUAUUUUAACUACAGUAAGGCUGAAGUCAAAAAGAUAAAAUAUCCAUCUUAUAUAAUAUCUUACUUGUGCUAAGUAUUUGUUGUUGCAACCGCUAAAAAAAAGCAGGCGGAAAUAGUUUUUUUUACGGAUAUAGCACUGAAAUGGUCAAUACAACAGAUUACCAAAGCUGACAGUAUAUUUACUUGAAACUUCAAUGAAGCUAGAAUUAUGAAAGAAAUGGUAAUAUCUGUUGUUUUCACUUUUUCUUAUUCCAAGAAAUUAAUUUGUUGAUUAUAGGUCGCUUACUGAAAACGCUUGACUCGGAAUGUGAGGUUCAGCUGCCUUACAUUCGAAGUUUACAAAUAGAUUUUUUACCCGAAAAUAUAGAUAAAAAUGGUAUUUUCUACUAUUUUAGCCGCUGUAGUAGAGGCGUGCUUGACCACCACUCGGUGUUUAAACUGGAAUUAUUUAAGUUCAUUACAAGCGAAACUUUGAGCGACAAUGACUAGCAUAAUUAAAUAUACAUAAUAUAUAUGCUGGGCUUUGAAGUGCUCUAUACAAAUUGAAAUUCAUGGGUUAUUAUAGUAUUAUACAAGUAUCGUCGAUUUGCGACAUAAAUUGGCCGAAAAUUCAGAUGAACAAUAAUGAAAAUAAACCCAAUAAUUAGUAUUUAACCAAAAAGUGUUUGUUGUUGAUAUGCAGAAAAUUUCAUGACUUCUAAAGUUUUACAAAAAUUAAUAACAAAAAUACAUCUAGAUAUAUAGCAGAUAAUACAAAGAUCGCUAUGAUUUUAUUGCUAGUAAACUCGAUUGUGAAACCGCCUUACACACGCAAUCUGAUCUGAAUCUCAGUAAAAAAAAAAAUAAGUUUUAGCAUAAAGCGAAUUUUAAUUUGCGACUUUACAGGCACUUGAAACCAUGUAUUCGAGCUUAUAAGCGUUAAGAGAUUCUAAUAUACUAAAUCCUAGAUGUCUGAAGUAAUUUAGCUGAUUUCUCUGUCGAGAUUAAACUUUUGCGUUUUCAGAAUUUAUUUCCGAUAUUCCAAAUCUAUCGCCUAGACAAUACCUUUUCGAAGUAGAGCGUUACUUGGCGUUCUCAUUAAAUAAGUUUUAUGAGCUCUACUAAAUAGAUCGAUCAGUGCAAUAUCAUUGAAAAGAUGCCAAAUCGGCAGCUCCUGCGUAAAAUUAUUGAAAACUUUGUGAUGAUUUCUAUACGAUCUCUGAUCUUUGCUGAUGUUGGAAUAUCGAAAAUCGUAUGUCUAAUUCAUAUUAUGCAUUUUUUAUUUUUUUAAUUUUCGUAUUCCAAACACUAAUAUAUAUCUUUUAUGGAUUUUACAUAAGUAUAAGGUUGUGAGCACAAAAUAAUAAAAAAAUAUUAAUUUUUUUUUGUAAUUAACUUAGGAAAUGAUAAAUUACGAAGUAUACCAGUGCUUGCUGUUGUCGGUUGAUCGAUUCAUCGCCACAUUAACAUUAUUUCCACACACACUACUUACUAUAAUACUUCACUUGAUUUCUAAAGCAUUAAAGUUAGUGCUGCAGUUAUCAAUUUCUGACUUUUUUAUUCAGCAAAUAUUCAUUAAAAUUUUAUUUGGAGCAAUUCCAAACUUAUUGUAUAUCCCCUUAACAAAUGUUACGCCUAACAUUAGCAGUGCCUGUAAAGGAAAUACAAAAUACUUUUUAGCAUAGCUUACCGUUU